CUCUUCUUGUCAACUCAAUGUCAAUAUUGAAAACGAAUAACUUAGAAUUUUUAAAUUAGAUUACAUUUCAAUUGUUCAUUAAUUAUUAAGAAUCACUAAAAGCAUGAGUUUGUUUGUAGUAGAUACUUUUGGUGACAAUGAACUCCUACAAAAAGAAGAUGAGAUCGAAAACAACCACGUUUUAGAUUUCGUGAGCAAAUCUAAUUAUGAGAUUGAUAAAGCUAUAAAGAACGACAAUGAUAACGAUGAUGAAGAAUCUGACAAUAGUGAAUCUGAUGAGGCCAGUGAAAAAGGGUAUGGUGGACUACCUCCACCAAGUGAAGAUAUAAGUCAUAUAAUUAAUAAACAUUUAAAUUCUGAGUCCAACCCAUUCAAAAAAAAGGAUUCAAAGAGAAAUUUCGAAAGGUUUUCUAAUUACUUUUCAACAAAAAAUAAAUCUGAAAACGUUGAAAAUCAACCAAAUCUCGAUGAAAUAACAUCCGCGGAUCGUCAGAAACAAAUCACAGAUGCACUUUCAAAAAAUCCAGAAGUUUCAAGGGAAAGUUUUGAACUACCCGGCAAACGAAGAUUAAAGAAACUGAAAAAAGCUGAAAGAGAAAAAACCAAGGGAUCUGAUUGGUUUAAUAUGCCAGCAACUGAAAUUACAGAUGAAAUUGAAAAUGAUUUGAAAAUUCUUCAAAUGCGUUCAAUAUUAAAUCCAAAACAUUUUUAUAAAAAAAAUGAUUUAAAGGUUCUACCAAAAUACUUUCAAAUUGGUACUGUUCAACAUUCGCAUUUAGAAUUCUACAAUGAAAGAAAUAUUAGGAAAAAUAAAAAGAGAACAAUAGUUGAUGAAAUUUUAGCCGAUUCUGAUGUCAAUAAGUACACCAAAAGGAAAUAUCAUGAAAUAAUUGAAAAAAAUCAAAGAUAUAACCAUAAAAAAGCAAUGAAAAAGAUGAAAAAAUUAAAGAAAAAUAAAUAAAAAACCAUAAAAAUUUGUGUUGAAUUAAAUACAAUAUUAUAGAAGAUACAACUAAAAACGGAUU